AUGAAAGCAUUCAUUGGCGCAGCAGGUCUCGCAGCCGGAGCUUCCGCAGCCAUCCUCCCCAGAGAUCAAUGCUGCUUCCAGAUUACUGCUUCUGGAGGCAAGUCUGGCACAGUCGGACAGCUCUCCGAUGGCCAGAAUCGUAUUGGUGGCUCCCACCCAGCCGGCACGUACUGCCUCAAUAAUGGCGGCCUUACCGAUUCGCAGGGUCGAGGGUGCAUCUUGACUCCACCAACCACGCAGUUCCAGUGCGAUCAGGGUGCCACUCCUACCACUGGAUUCUCUAUCGGUCCAAACGGUCAGAUCGAGCACAAUGGUAGCGAUCAGUUCUACGCCUGCGCAGCCACGGACUCUGAGUACAACAUCUACACCACUCCUGUGUCUGGUCAGGAGAAGUGCGUCAAGGUCACCUUGAGCUCUGGCGGCAAGUGCGGGAGCUCUGGCAGCGGCUCAUCUUCUGCGUCUGCAUCGAGCGCUCCUACUCAGUCGCAGCCGGCGCCAUCGAAGCCGUCCGCUCCCGCUCAAUCGCAACCUUCCGCACCAGCAUACAGCUCUCCUCAAUCUUCGCCAGCUCAGUCCAAGCCCUCGGCACCAACGGUCACAAGCACUGUCCAGUCGACUGUUUACCACACCACAUACCACAGCUCGCCGGUUCAGAGCUCCCAGCAGCAACCACCUCCAGCGUAUAGCUCGGAGCAGCAGACCACCCCUGUCCAGACCAAGCCAACCGCUCCUGCCGAGACUCACCCAGCUCCAUCCUCAACGGCCCCAUCUGGCACUCAGCCAGCUACUUCCGCCCACGGAUCUGCCUGCCAGACCUCCUUAACCGGCGCUUAUCAAACCCCACACCUCAUCGUCCCCGUCUCGAGCAGCCAGCCAGACAAGUCGUACGGAACCCAGUACAACGCAACAAUCAAGUCCGACGAAUGCACCGUCUUCAACUUCGACAUCCCGCAAUCCUACUCCGGCAAAAGCUGCAGCACCGUCUUCCUCUUCCCCGAGCAGAGCCAGCUCGAGACCUCCAGCUACACGUUCUCCGGUUCCGGCAACCUGGUCUUCUCCGAGCUGAGCAAGGCCGCCAGUCAGGACGUCACAUGGAAGUCUCUCCCCAGCAAGAAGAGCCAGCUUGGAUCUGUUGGUGUCAGUCCAGGUAACAGCUAUGCUAUCUCGACCGAGUCUUGCGCCGCUGGAACGACGCAGAGCAUUGAGGUGUGCGGUACUGGCGAUCUCAGUUUGGAAUUCUUCGAGGACUGGAACCCAUCUCCUAUUGGAGUGUUCAUCACGUCCUGCUAG